UGAAAUAGUUACGUGGGUUGUCGUUAUUUAGUGUUUAUCACUUGGUACGGUGGUCGACGAUAAUGUUUUGCUGCCGAUAAGUUCACGAUUGUGGGUUUACUAUUCGUAUUCGUGUUAAUAUAUUUUAUCGGCAAUCGUGAAGAUCGUUUUGGAUUCCGAAAUUUCGCACCUUCGGUUCGGGCAGACAAUAAUAUUAUGACGAUUAACAUGGAAAAUUCAGUAUCACGAUACACAUUGAUAGCCGUGCUUUUUCAGCAUUUAAUCAUUGUACUGUUGUUCUCGUUGGUACCAGCGAUCGCCAUGAACAAUACUACGACCGCGCCAACAGCUGGUAUCUUGCAUGAAAACAUUAGCUUGUCCACUGUAGAUAUAAUUAAGGAAAACGGGUACGCCGUCGAAGUCCACAAUGUUAUUACCGAGGACGGUUACAUUCUAGAGCUCCACCGAAUGCCCAAAAACAAGAGUGGCAAGGGGCCCACCAGAAACCAUCCAGUAUUCUUGCACCACGCCUUUCUCUCGACUUCUGCCGAAUGGGUUAUCAGUGGAUUCGAAAACAAAUCUUUGUGUAUGCAAUUAGUUGACGAUGGAUACGACGUGUGGUUAGCAAACAGCCGCGGUAACACGUACAGUAGAAAGCACGUGUCGAUGACGUACAAACAAAAAGCUUUUUGGAAUUUUAGCUUACAUGAGAUCGGAAAGUACGAUUUGCCAGCCUCAAUCGACUAUAUUUUGAUAAAGACAAAUGCCUCGCAACUUCAUUACAUAGGUUAUUCUAUGGGAACUACUGUAUUUUUCAUUAUGGCUUCGGAAAAACCGGAAUAUCAGCCAAAGAUCCGAUCACAAAUAAGUUUAGCACCAGUAGCUUAUCUCUCUAAGAUUAAAUCGCCCAUAAAAUAUCUUGCUCCUUACGCAAAAACGAUAAACAUAAAAUUUGCCCAACUCUGGAAUGGAAUGUUAUUGCCGCAUUCCAGAUUAAGAACAUUUUUCGCAUCAACGGUGUGCGGAAAUAAAAUAACACAGAAAUUUAUAUGCCAAAGAAGCAUGAUAUUUUUCGUGUCUGGCAGCGAUCCCCGUUACUUUAACACUAAAAUAAUUCCACUCAUCAUGGGACAUUUUCCGUCAGGAACGUCGUCCAUGGUGGUCGAACACUUCGCACAGCUCAAAUUGAAAGACAGCUUCAGUCAAUACGAUUACGGUGCCGCCGAGAACCUGCAGCGUUACAAUGUCACCGAGGCUCCUUCGUACAACUUGAAAUCCAUCCAUGUGCCCAUCACGUUGAUAUACGGGAAAAACGAUCUAGUAGCCGACGUGGAGGAUGUGAUGAGACUGAAAGACCAACUUCCCCAGCUGAUGGACGUCUUCUCGGUAGACAACCCAUACUGCAACCACGUAGAUUUCCUUUUCAGCGUGAAGGUUAACGAGCACGUGAACGAUCCUGUCAAGGGAAUACUGCGGAAAACCGACGCCAUGGGCUGGCGGUACUCGGGCCCGAGUCCUUCUGCCGGCGGAUCGCAAGUCACCGGCGAUUGCGAUUGCGCACCGACCAACGGCACGACGGUGAAUCCGAUCUCUGCGAGCGACUCGAACCUAGUACCGGAUCUGGAUUACUUCGCGGAGAAUUUGGACGCAAUAAUAGCGAGUGCCAUGCCCCGGACCGUCGGCCACGACGACGAGGUGGACUUCGUACGGGAACGGGAGCUGCAGAAGUUCGUGUUCGGAAAACUGAUCGAAUUCGUAAAUUCGGCCGCGAACAAUCGACGCAGGAACGGUUCGAAUGAUGAGUCUUCUGGGCGGACUAACAUUCAAAAACUGACGGAAAAGUCGGCUCACGUGCAUGGAAGUAAAGUAAACGACCAGACAUGACCGGUCGGCGGUAGUACAAACGACUCAAACAACACUUCAAUCAAGUUGUUGGUGAUUAUAUUAGAGUAAUUUUCCAAGGGUCUAUGCUAUAAGGAUUUUUAUUUUUUAUUUGUUCAUUUGUUUAUUUUUUUGCCAAACGGAAGUAAUAAUAUUAAGUAAUAUAAUUGUCACUAUAGUUAAACACAGGUCGAGACUCCGUUCGUAUAAAUCUACGUCGGUUCGGUUCACGUAAUAUCAUAAUGUAUACUUGAUGAGAAAACAAUAUUUUAACGUUUCGUUUGAUUUAAUGUAAGAUGCAUAUAAUACAUUUGUUUUGACCAUA